UUCGACGAAGUCGUUUAUAUUCAGGCAACGGGUAUCAUUUUUCCAACGAGUCGACGAUCUACUGUAGAUGAGUUGUCAAACCACAGUCAUACGGAAGAACCGGUGAACCUUCUUGAAUGGCUCGGUACGCGGGUUUUAGCACGUGUCUCUGGAGGCGGAUACCAACCAGGUUCGAUCAAGAAUGUUCAUGAUAACAAGGACGUGGUUGUACAGUUCGAUGACGGGCAGGAGCUGCGAUACGACGAUGUGAUGAGCGAGUCCAACUCAAAUCUGAUUAUAGCCGAUCAGGCCCCAAGUCCUUCACUGGUCAAAAGCAAAACUAUGGUCUGUGUGCGGCUACCCGCUGACCAGGGCAUCUACCGGACCGGGGAGCUCAUCUCGAUUUCGAACACCCCAACGAAAUAU